ACACUGAACAUAUAGAUUUUUUUUCUUUCUUAUUUUGUAAUUUCGUCGGAAACAAUUUCCUUUUUUUUCUGGUUGUUGUUGAUUUAAUUCAUUCGAUACUUAUGUAUAGUUGGUUUCUGUUUUGAAAAUAGUAUCCCAAUCACCAAAUAUCCACAUUUAUCAUCAUCAUUCAUCAUCAUAAUGUCGACUGAAGUAUUGAAUAGUAAUCCAGCUACGGCUAAUACUGUUUCAACAGUCGAUAAUAAUGGAUCUUCGAAUACAUCAUCAGCUAAUAAUUCAUCGAAUACUGGUCAAAUUGGUGAAUCGACAAGUUCAUCGUUGUCCGCAUCAACAGCCUCAACAUCUAAUAUUUUGACUCCACCACCACCACAACAACAAACAUCAACAUCGAUGAUGGGUGCACCCACUUCUGUUGUGGUCACCGUAUCUACACAGCAGCAACAGCAACAACAACAACAUGCUCAACAAGGACCUUCCACUUCAUCACAAUCUACAUCAUCAUUGGUGGCUGGACCAUCAUCACAGCCAUCUUAUGUUGGCAUCAUAAACGAAACUCCUGGUACAUCAUCGAGUUCGAUGCAAUAUCUUACCGAAACAGCUUCCUAUUUACAUUCGAUGAUAAGCCAAGGUCAACCGCAAACAUCUCAUCAUUUAAUGCAUCAAAUUCAAUCAUCAUCAUCAUCAUCAUCACCGAUAGCAUCUUCUUCCGGAUCUCAAAGUCUAGCUACCGAAACUGGUGUAGUACCACAAAAUAUACAUCAUCUAAUCAAAAGACCGUUUGAAUCUAGUAUGGAUAGCAAAUUGUUGAAUGCUGAUGGUUCAUGUAGUUCAUUAUCCUCUUCAAAACGUUCGAAAAUAUCAUCAUCGUCUAUGUCUCCACCACCGUCUAAACUGCUCGAUGCUGAUGGUCUAACCAUGCGACAAAAGCUUGAACAACGAUUAAAUGGCAUUCUAUGCUGUGCUGUAUGUCUUGAUCUUCCACGUUCAUCUGUCUAUCAGUGUUCGAACGGACAUCUAAUGUGUGCCGGAUGUUUUACACAUGUAUUGGCCGAUGCUCGAUUACGUGAUGAAUCACCCACCUGUCCAAGUUGUCGAGUGAGUAUAUCGAAAGAAUCUUGUAGCCGAAAUUUGGCCGUAGAAAAAGCCGUAUCUGAAUUACCGGGAGAAUGUCGAUUCUGUCAACGAGAAUUACCCCGAUCCAUGUUGGAAAAACAUAUGACUGAAAUUUGUGAAGAACGAAUUGUUCCCUGUAGUUUUAGCAAUAUUGGCUGCCCAUGGAAUGGGCCUUUUCACGAAGCUGCCUAUCACGCUAAUGAUUGUAGUCAUCCAAAUAAAUCAGCGCGUGAAGUAUUGGGUCAUUUGGAAAAUGAGGAACGCCGUAGACGUGAACAACGACGUGUUCAUGAAACUCUUUUUACAUUAUUAUCGUAUGAAAAAAUUGCCUUUCAUGAUAUACAAUUUCGACCAUAUCGAACAGAUGAAUAUAUUCAUAAAUUGUUUUAUGAAACAUCUCGAUUCACUGCAUUCAAUUUGCAAUGGGUGGUCAAAGCACGCGUUAAUGAUGAUCAACGUGAUCCAACACAAUCCUGUCAACGACAUCUUAGUUUUCAACUUUGCCUGAAAUCAAAGAUCAAUAAUGCAAUGACCAUACACUAUAUGUUACUCAAGGGACCAUAUGGCGAAACCAAAGUGCUACCAAUGAUAUAUAAAUUUGAUUUUAGUGAAUCACAAACCGAAUCCAAUUAUAAUUGCAUAAAUCUUGUAUCAACAAAUGCUGAUUCUAAUCGUUUAUUAGCAGCACGUAUGAUAAAUUUCCGUUUGAUUAUGUUUCAAGCAAGUAAAUGACGACGUUGUCGGUGAUGGUCUUGGUAAUUAUAAGAGUCAUCCAUAUUUCCAUAUAUAAUCCAUUUACUCCAAAAAAGAAAAAAACACUUGUAAUUCACACUUCCUACAUACAUUCUGAUUUAUA